AUGCAUCAUCAUCAUGAUGAGCCAUUCUCUUAUCAUGCACCAAGUAUCUCCCGAGAUGAAAGUCAGCUUCCCCGAGUCAAGAAUUUGUUUGGUGUGCCUACCCCUCGGUUUUGUUCCUAUAUUGUGAAGGGUGUGCAUGAGUUAUACACGACUAUAGGACCCAAUAUUUGUGGAUGGAAUUUACUGCAUAACAAAUCCAUAGAGGAGGUGGAGCAAUUGACCUUUGAACAAGUUCAACAAUUUUCUGAAAGAGUCACUCACAACAGGUUUUUAAAUUUUUGUGCACAUGAGAACCUCAUUACGAUGAUGCAACAAAAUCCGAGAUUUAGAGAUGUGGUUGUUUCCGUGUGCUAUGCAGGAGAGUUAAAAGUUUGGUCAUUUGACAAUAAUUUCAGUCCUCUCAACGCUGAAGGAAAUCCAUUCAAGUGCAUUGGAGUACUGGACAGAAUACCGUUUUCACACCGAUGUCAGUGUGGAUUUUGGAGUACGGAUGGUACCAAAUUCCUUGUUUGUAGUGAGGGAUAUGGUGGAAGAUUGAGCGUUUUCAAUUUCGAUCCAGAAACUAAAACCUUAACUCUCAUCGAUCAGAUGAUUGGAUAUUAUCCUAUGGCUUCAUUUAUAGCCCCUGAGAAUAAUCCUGAAAACAGGCUGUUCAUUCUUAGUGUUGAGCAAAUCAAGCAAAAGAAAGAGUAUGGAGUUUCUGUGAACUUGUUUGAAGUAACAGCCACCUCUGUCACACGCGUGCACAGUUUGGUACUGAAUACGUGCGGACCACUGUGCACCACCAUGCAGGUUAAUCCAACUGGAAAUUUGGUUGCAUUCGCACUUCAAGACAGAAAUAUUCGAAUUUUUAGAGUAGGGGACCUGUUUAAUAUUGAGGAAUGUUGCACCUUUAAAGCCAUAGGAAGAGGUACAAUAUUUAUGAUGCAAAUUAACGAAUCAAACCAAUUAAGUUUACACAAUUGCGAGAAAAAAACAAUAGAUACCUAUCAAAUUACAACAACUUGUAAAGUCCAAUAUGAGGCCACCCUUAUUUCCCAGCAUUCACUCAACUCCUCAGCAAUUUCUUUGUAUUUCUUCAAGUGGAUUGACAGUAGUAUGAUAUGGGCCUAUAUCGAUUCUGAAUUUUCGCUUGUGAAGGUUAGGAAUGAUUCCUCUUUGACUGGCAUCCAAGCUGGAAAGAAAAUGUCAUUUUUGCGUUUUCAUGACCUGACAUGUUGUGGUAUUGAUUUUUCACCAGACGGUGAAUAUAUGAUCACUGGUGACUUUUUAGGACAAGUAAUGCUAUGGAAAACAAAUAGUACUUCUCAUGAGCCGCUAAUGACUUGCACGGUUCCAGGUUCAAUCAGAGCUAUCUGUGUCAAAUGGCAUGAAAAUUGUUGGACUAAUUUUGAUGAGGAUCCUACCAUGAUUCGACGAAUUUUAUCCGUAUUUAUAGGAUCAUUGGACAAGAAUGUACACUGCUGGAAUAUUUCAUUAGACACUCUAGAGACUAUUGACGACCCUUUUAGCAAUAUCAAAUUUUCACUAACUUCAGACAUUGUUUGCCUUAGAUGGUGCAAUGGUGUUUGUCCUAGAUUACUAGCAUGUGGCAGUAGUAAUGGAAUGCUUUGUGUGAUGGAAGACAAUGCAAGAGAGUCACCAAUUCUUAAAAUCAAAUUGGCCAUUAUUGGCCACAAACCUAUCUUCCACAACACAGAUUCUCGAUUUGGUUCAAUUUCGCAAUAUUCAGAGAUUUGGAGCGUGUGUUUUUCACCUUGUAACAAAUACGUCGUGACAUGCAGUGAAGAUCAAACGACAAGAAUUUUUGAUUUACUAGGAAAUCAAAUUCAUUCCUUAACAGGUCAUACAACGGCUGUGACGUCAGUGGAGUGGAAAUAUAUUAAGGGAAUUGGAGAAGUAAUUUGUACCUGUGCCGACGACAGAAGCGUCAUGAUUUGGAGACUUAAUACUCAAUAUGCCGACAAAGAUAAACACUAUCACCACUAUCAUCAGUUAUAUGAGCUAGAGAAACAACAACGUAAAGUGGAUACAAAUUUUGAUGACGAUGAUUUCGACAAGCAAGAAAGACAUUCCAUGGAUCGAUGGGGACUUUAUCAUGUUUUCAGAACAGAUCAAUAUGGACUGGAUUGGCACACGUUAACAUACUUACAAAUUGAACCCAAAGGUCACCGAGUCGCCGUUUGUACUCAGAAUGGAUUUAUUUUUGUGUGGGAUUUGAGAUUGAGAAAAUUAUUAUCCUUUGGAAAAGCUCACCAAGGAUCAUGUGAAGGACUCAAGUGGGUCACUCACGAAGAUCGAAAUUUGCUGGCCACUUGUAGCAGUGACUGCACCAUUAACAUCUUUGACAUGAAUCAACAAUAA